AUGUCGGCGGAAGUGGCUGGUCAGCCUGAAGGGGUCACCCUGCUUCAGGCGAUUGAAGCGGGUGACGUGGAAGCGGCCCUUUGGCGCUCCGUCAUGUCCUUCCUCUAUGAUACCGAAGAAGCGGAAGAUGAUGACGAUGAGGAGGAAGAAGAGGAAGAGGAGGAGGUUGAUCCUCUCCAGGAUCCCCUCGGCGAGGAAGCCGGAGAGGGUCCAGAGCUGAUCCCCGACACGGGAGAUGGCUCUGCAGCUCCGAGCGGCCCGCGGACCGCUGGAGCAGUCGCGGGCGGCGCGCUCUCGGCCAUGGCCACUGGGAUGGUCGCGGCCAUUACUGGCGAGGCCCUUGACACUGCAGUAGAAAUCGCGGAGCGUGAGGACGCGGAGGUCCGCGGGUCUCCGGACCGCGACCCUGAGUCGCCUGACGUGGGCGUGGAAGUGAACGGCGUCCUGGCGGCGCGAGAGCGCGCUGGGGGCGUGGUCGAAGUUCCUUCCUCAGCCGUCCAGAUGUGGGCGGCCGGCUUCUUACAGGCGCCCAGGGACGAGGCUGUCCAGACUUUGUUUGGCAGCCUCCGAGGGAGGCUCUGGUCGGGUGGGGCUCAUUGCUCCCUCAGCCGAGGCUCUUCCUCUGUUCAACGUCUUUAUAUCACCUGCUGGGUGGUCCGUGAGGGCGCCGUGGUCUUAGGCCACAAUAGCGCGCCUGUUGACACUGUCAAGGGCAGCGUUAAACUGACGUGGUCAGUGGAGCCCAACUGGCACGGUCACCGGCACCUCGUGAACGAGGUGUGCGAACGGGUGUGGGCGUCGAGCGGCCAGGAGUUGGCACUCGACCCGAGGUUCGAGCGCCUCCUCUGCAUGGUCGGGAAACCCCGCCGUGUGGAAGGGUGGUUCGACAGUGAAGGUGAGGCGUGUAUCGCUCACCGCAAGUCCCUGCGUAAGCAGGGCAUCUUGGCGACGUUCACCUGUUUGGAGGAAGGUCACUGGAGCCCAGCUCCCCUUCCGCGUAAAAUACAGGUUGACGAGUCCAAGAAGGCCAGGGCUGUCUGCUUUGUGGGUGACCUCUACAAGGAGCCCUGUGCCGUCCUGGAGUUGCUCACUCAGGACCUGGUCCUUACGAAAUGGGACCAUCAGACCCCUAAGGUGAAGGUGAAGAUCGACCCUAAGUCCUUCGCCUUCCCUAUGGAGGUCAACGCGGAGCGGACGGCUAUCGUCGCUCCCGUGGGCAGCCCCACCUUUGCCGGGCUCGACCUUGCGGAGGCUUGCUCGCAGGUCUUGGUCGCCUCGCCUUCCGUGAGCCCCGCCUCAUCGGAGCUUGCGGCGGUGCGCGCGUGGGCUUCGCGCCACUUCGAGGGUGGGUGCCUCGACUUGCUUGAGGUUUCCUGGGGCGCAGCGGUCGUUUCCGACGCAGCCCGCUCCCUCGGUUACCGUGUUGGCCCGGUGGUUCUCCACGGGCAGCCUUCUUACGGUGUGAAGUGGGACUUGAGCAGCCCUACGCACGUCGCGGCCGUGAUUGGCGCGAUCGAUCACCUGAGGCCUCGGCUUUUGGUGUUCUCGCUCUUGGGCAGGUCCUUGCCCCAGCCUCUGCUUCAGGCGGUGGUGACCCGCGCCUUAGGGCGCGCUGAGUACCUCGCUGCUUGCUUUGCGGCAGAGGACGGGGAAUACACACCAUGGGGCCUGGCAGAGUGGAGAAGCUGUUUUGGGACCUUGUCCGAUCCGGUUUGGCCUUGGGGCUUUGUCCGGUCGGACACCUGCCAGUUCCUUCGUCCUUUGGGCAACGGAAUCCCGGUCGUUGAGAGGUUCUUCUUCUUCUUCGGUUGCUGUUAG